CCAGGAGGCAGUCACAGGUCUCUAUUCUCUGAAGUGGGUACAGCAGGUGGGAGCUGUGCUGACUGCCAUUGCCUUCUCCUUCCUCCUCAGCGAUGUCUGUGAAGAUGGCUGUAUGGAUCCCGAGAGGCCUUGGUCCAGCCAUGGUGACAGUGGUGCUGAUGGUGCUGAGUGGCCCUCUGGCUGAGGGCAUAUACUGCCCACAGGACUUCGUGUACCAGUAUAAGUGCCUGUGCUACUUCACCAACGGGACGCAGCAGGUGCGGCACGUGGACAGGUACAUCUACAACCGCGAGGAGUUCGUGGGCUACGACAGCGCGGUGGGCGAGCACCGCGCGGUGACCGAGCUGGGGCGGUCCUGGGCCGAGGACUUCAACAGCCAGAAGGACUUCAUGGAGCGGAAGCGCGCCGAGCUGGACACCGUGUGCAAACACAACUACGAGCUGGAGGAACUCAGCUCCCUGCGGCGCCAAGUGGAGCCCAUGGUGACCAUCUCCCCAUCCAGAACAGAGGCUUUGAACCACCACAACCUUCUGGUCUGCUCAGUGUCAGAUUUCUAUCCAGGCCAAGUCAAAGUCCAGUGGUUCCGGAAUGGCCAGGAGGAGACGGCUCGCGUUGUGUCCACCCCUCUUAUUAGAAAUGGGGACUGGACCUUCCAGAUGCUGGUGAUGCUGGAGAUGACCCCCCAGCGUGGAGACGUCUACACCUGCCGCGUGGAGCACCCCAGCCUCCAGAGCCCCAUCACGGUGGAGUGGCGGGCGCAGUCUGAAUCUGCGCAGAGCAAGAUGCUGAGUGGUGUCGGGGGCCUCGUGCUGGGCCUGAUCUUCCUAGGGCUGGGAGUUUUCAUCCGUCACAGGAAUAAGAAAGGCACUCGUGGGCCUCCACCUGCAGGGCUCCUGCACUGACUCCUGAGUGUAUUUUGAUGGGAUUAGCUAUCACUCUUCUGUAAGCCCUGCCUGUUCCAGCCCAGAGUUCCAGAGUUCCCAGCUCAACUGUCUGUCCUCUUCUGAGAUCAGAGUCCAGCAGUGGUUCCAUUGCAGCAGUCACCUUAACUUCUGUGGCCCUGUGCCAAGGAUCUGGGCUGCCGUCUCCUGGGCUGACCUUGGAGCCUCUGCUUGUGAACUGCAGGAGCAUCUGUUUAUGUCCUGUGGACUUUCUCUGCUUCCACUAUCCCCUACAGACUAUACAAGAGAAACAUGGAAACAUUUGCCUGGCUGUGGUGCUUUUUAUCAUAAUUAAACAUGACUUUGAGUUAACUGUA